GGUAGAUUUUCAAAAAUCUGACCGUUUCAAAACCGUUGGAACUGCAUUUAAGUCACCUUUUGACUUCCCCAACGGAUCUCAAAGCCUCCUCUCUAUAUAUUGGUGAUAUCUACUCCAUUUUUACUCAUUCCAAACAUCUCUUCUCAAUAUAUUCUUCAUAUUUCAUCAACCCCUGCAAUUUUUCUUCAUUUUUCUCUGCAAAUUUGCCUUGCUCUCCUCCCUACUUUGUUGAAAUGGCAAGAGGACAAAGAAAGCGCUCCCGCACCGACAAGAACAUGGCUUCCUCCUCGGCUCCUCCACCACCGGGGCAUAAAUAUCUCGACGGGUCGUUCCUUUGGUUCAACGACCUCGAAGAGGCUACACGGUUCUCGGAGAAGUUUGAGCUCCGGGAGAUUCUUCCUCCCCGGUUCUCCACUGGCCGCUUCAUUCACGGCUCCAUUCCACGUGAGGCAUGGGUUAUCCUUGAACGUGGACGCUUCCUCGACCUCCUCUACAUCAAGAAGAACGAUUAUAAACCUUUUCUUGUUCGAGCCUUCUACUCGAACUUGAAAAAGGAUGAGGACGGAUCGUUGAUUUCCAACAUCAACAGGGUGGAGAUCUAUUUGAAUGAGGAAAACAUUCAAAUUCUCAUAGGGCUCUUUCGGAACGGAGAGGAUCUCGGCCUCUAUGUGGGAGAUGAAGGAGCGCGGUUCAAAGAGACCGCCCUCUUGGCGGAAGUGGGUAUCCGAAACUUCGUCCCCACUCCCCAGCAGCGGCGCCCUAUGAUUGCUUCCAUGAGUCCCGUGUUUCGAUUCAUUUUCUAUGUUUUGACACGGAUUCUCAAGCCCAGGAAGUUCAAUCACACCACUCUCUCCCAAGAGGACACGAAGACGCUCCAUGCGAUAAUUCACAAUGCCAACGCUCAAUUCUUCGAACUGCAAGUCACCGACGAAGAAAUAUGGUACUCGCUAGUUGAGGGCCAUAACGCGAAGAACCGCGUUCUUGGAGUUGGUGACUACGAGCGGGAAAUGAGGAAGAUGAAUCUGUCCUCCAAACCUCGCCGUUCCAGCACGAGUAGUAGAAGCACAGCGGAGAUAUCAGCACUCAAAGAGCAAAACCAAAGGUUGCAGGAACAAAUUGAUAGUCUAACCUCGAACUUGUCAGUGACGAUUCAAGAGGAGAUAAGGAAGCUAUAUGGUGGUAACCUUCCUCGACGAGUGAACAUCAAUUGUUGUAGCGUCACCUCCGACAACCGGCCGCUUCCCUAUGCACUUCUCGCCAUGGCGAUCCUUGAUGAGUACCACAUCAAGACGGACAUCGGGCCAAAAUGCAAAGGGACGAAGCAUUGGGAGAUUGACGAGUCCUCCUUCCACCCGGGAACCGAUGAAGCUACGUUCCUGCAGCCUUGUCCUCGCCGCCAACCAAGGUCCGCCGCCUCAAACAACCCUUCCAUUGCCGAGCAAAUGGCAGCUUUGAUCGCCACUCCCUCUCGGAUUGACACCAACGUGUCCCGAACGGCACAAAAUGUCAAUAUUUUGAGCCGUGAGCUUCACGGGUAUUUUGACUUUGUCAACUACCCUUACGCUCAAAUGGUCCCUUAUGUUCCUCCGUCAAACCUCGGUGGUGAACCAAGUGGGACUAACAACGUUGGUAGGGAAGAUGCGGUAGACGAUGAAGAUGAAGAGGAAGAGGAAUCCAAAGAAGAAGUGGAAGAAGAAGAAGACGAUGAUGAUGAUGAUGAUGACGAUGGUGAUGAAGAUGAAGAAGAAGAGGAAGACAUCGACGAAGAACAACUUCUCGAUGAUCUUUCACCAGAUUUAUAGAGCUCUAGCUCUUUUUCUCUUCUCUUCUUUAUUUAUUAUGCUUUUUAAAUUGGCUUCCGUUAGGUACUCCGCUAUUUCCCUUAAUUAAUAAGUAAAAAUCUUUAUGGUUU